AGAGAUUUUACAACAUUACAGUGAUUUAAUUGUUCGUAGAUGAAUAAAAUAUCAACUACACUACUGGCAACACAACUUGUCAGCCUGACAUGACAUUGGCAAUCUACAUUUUCACAACAAACAGCACGUUAUUUUCUUACGAAGUACUGAGCCCGUGGAAACUAAUUUGUUAAAAAAAAUUUUAAAAAAUUAUGGCUAAUCGCAAUUGGGGAUUUUGUGAUCUGUUUGUCAGCAAAAAUUUUGAAGCUGAUAAAUUACAUCUUAUAGAAAAACUUGGGUUUAAUACCAUUGCUAUUAAUUCACAUGUUGAAGAACCUUCGGAUGAGCCUAAAAAGAAGAAAAAGAAAGGAGAAACCAGGGAUAAGAAAGAUUACGUACCGCCACCAGCAGACAUGAUUAAAGAUCCUAAUUCGAAACUUAAUAUUUUACAGCGGGUAACUAUUGAAUUUUCUGACUCUAGUAUAUCACACAAAAUUAAUCAAUCUGAAAAUAUUAAACAGUAUGACAUUGUUGCUGUAUUACCUAAGACUUUCCAAGCUUUCCAGUUUGCUUGUGCCUCUAUGGAUAUAGAUAUAAUAACCUUUGAACCACAAUGUAGAAUUCCUUUCAAAAUAAGUCGAAAGCUGUAUACCCAAGCAGUGGAUAGAGGUAUAUUUUUUGAAAUCAUGUACUCCCCAGCUAUAAGAGAUUCAACAUGUAGAAAAAAUAUUAUCAGUACAGCACACACAUACCAUGCAGUUGGAAAAUCAAGAAACAUUGUGGUGACCAGUGGAGCUGAAAAUUACAUGCAAGUGAGAGAUGUGCAUGAUGUCAUCAAUUUGGGUAUUUUACUGGGGCUGAACAGCAAUGAGAGCCUUGAAGUGGUACGGAACAAUGCAAGGAGGCUAAUCCUAAAAGCAGAGGCCAGGAAAUAUGGUAAACACUAUAUACUUGUUGAUUCAACUAAUGAUGACAAUAAAAUGUCUGAAGAUUAA